GUCAAGCGUAUUAUGCGUCAUCUUUGAUACAUUGAAAAUUACACGAUAUUUUACACAUUUUUAACGUUUUACACGAUUUGUCGCAUAAAUCUUGUUUUGAUUGAUCUUACUGUGUAGUUUUAUAUAUUUUUCCCCUGUGUGUACAUACAUUUUGUACAUCACACACAUAUUCACAUACGCAUAGUCUGCUCGCGUUGUUAUUUAUUACGUACAUAUAAUGAUAUAUACCUGUGAAAUAGGUACACCUCAGUGAAAAUUUCAUUGAAAACUAGAUAGCGCUCAGUACUGAAUAUGAUAGCGCUCAGUACUGAAUCUGUUAUUUCGCAAGCAGACAUAUAAUGGACCGAUAGAAAUGGUUUUGGAGAAACAUUAUUGUUUGAGUCGACAUUCUCGAUGCAGCUUUACUCUUGUCAGUCGUAUUCUGUCUUCAGAACCCUGCACGUCAAAUUUAUGCUAAGUGAUCUCCGCGAUUUUGAAGACUACACGAAUAAAUUGUUCGCCUGUCAGUUUUUCAUUGUUAAGAUAGUUUCUUGCAUUUGAAUACAGAAACAGUGAAAGAGGUGUAGUUUUCAGUUGGAAUAUUUAAAUUGGCUGGAAUAAUAAACUCUCGAAAAUAUGAGAAACGAAAUCGAUUCCAUUUCAACAUAAUAAUUGCAGAAGUGCAAGAAUCAGUGAUGAUUUUUCGUUAGCCAGCAUUGUCUUUGCCUUGGCUUACACCAACAACUGGUGUAAGCCAAUCGUUGGCCAGCUAUCUGUGUGACAUUAGUACAUUCAAAGUAUAAUAACUUUUGAUUUGAAUAUUCUGAUUCAAAUCAUACAAAUUAAAAAAAAAUAUAUAUAUUUCAAUUAUUUUCAAUUUAAAAGUCAUUUUUAUAAUUUGCGUUAUUAUUUUUUUCAAAAACUUGAUAAAAAAAAUGUCGAUGUUUGGUUUCAUUUAAACUCUGACCUGGUGAUUUAAAUAUCAGUCACAAACGUCAGUUCAGAUGAGUGCGUUCAGUUCUUACUGAAGUUUUCUCACUGACCUAUACAUUCGUUAGCCAGUAUACACUUAUGCGGCCAAUUAGCCAGCUAAUUGGUUCUUCACUAACAAGAAUGAAAACUGAACAUCCUCAUGAACGUGCGGGAACCCCGAGCUUUUUAUCAUUGUAUCGUUUUGCCUCUCGAUGGGAUUUAACUUUAUUACUCGUUGGUGUACUGUUUACAUUCAUAAAAGCUUGUACGCUUCCUAUAUUAUUAAUCCUUUUUGGUGAAGUAACAACUCUACUGGUCGAACGAAAUGAAAAUGUGACGAGCACACCGACCGUUGUGCUUAAAUGGUUUGGAGGCGGAAAAGUUUUAAAAAAUGCAAAUAUCGAAGAGAAUAAUACCGAAAUCAUAAACGAUUCGAAUGCCUAUUUGGUUGCAUCAUUAAUUACAUCGUUGGUACAACUAAUUGCUGGAAUCAUUCAUGUUGACUGUUUUAAUCGAGCGGCAACAAGUCAAAUCACUCGAACUCGAAUAGCAUACUUUGCGUCGCUAAUGCAACAAGAUAUCGGCUGGUAUGAUAAGGAGAAAGGGAAAUCGAAUUUUACCGUUCGACUCGCUGAAGACAUUGAAAAGAUAAAAGCUGGGAUUGCAGAACAAGUUAGUCAUUUUUUGUAUUCGAUUAUGUCGUGCGCUAUCUAUGUAAUUACGUCAUUCUUUUAUGGAUGGAAAUUGACUUUGCUGGUUGUGUCAUAUAUCCCGAUAAUUUUCGUAAUGAAUCUACUGAUUGCUAAGGUUCAGGCAAUAUCGUCUACGAAAGAGCUCAAUGCAUAUGCGAAAGCGGCGAAUGUUGUUGAAGAGGUGUUGAGUGGAAUUCGAACGGUAUUCGCAUUUGGUGGCGAAAAGAUCGAAUUAGAACGAUACAAAAAGCGAUUAUUACCAGCUGAAAAGGCUGCAAAGAGAAAAGGCAUAUAUGCAUGCAUUGGAGAUGCCAUCACGCGUUUCCUUUACUUUGCAACAUGCGCCGUUUCAUUUUGGUUUGGUGUUCAAUGGGUUCUCGAUGACAGAGCAAAUGUCGAAAAAACGUAUACAGCAGCUGCUGUGAUCACUAUUUUUAAUGUUUUUAUUGCUGGUGCUGAAAACUUGGCUCGAAUUCCACCGUUUUGGGAAAUAUUGGCGUCUGCACGUGGAUCAGCAAAGAAUAUUUUCACCACAAUUGAUCGCAAAUCAAAGAUUAAUCCAAUGGAUACGCAUGGAAAAGUAUUGGAUUCAACAAUCCUAAGGGGAGAUAUUGAGUUUAAAAAUAUUGCCUUUAGAUAUUCAUCUCGUCCAGAUGUGCAGAUUUUGAAUGGAUUAAAUUUGAAAAUUGAAGCCGGUCAAACGGUGGCACUUGUAGGGAAUUCCGGAAAUGGAAAGUCGACAUGCUUACAUCUUUUUCAACGAUUCUACGAUCCGAACAAUGGUGUUGUACUUAUAGAUGGUUGUGACAUCCGCGAAUUGAAUAUUAAUUCAUUGCGUUCAAGUAUUGCGAUUGUUGGUCAAGAGCCAGUUCUUUUUUCAGUUACGAUUUGUGAGAAUAUUCGAUAUGGCAAACCUAGUGCAACAGAUGAAGAGGUCAUUGCCGCUGCUCAAAUAUCCGGUGCACAUGAUUUCAUUGCAGCUUUACCACAAGGGUACAGCACAAUGGUGGGUGAGUUUGGUUCACAGUUCUCAGGUGGACAGAGACAACGGAUUGCAAUCGCCCGUGCUCUUGUACAAAAUCCGAAAAUUCUACUUUUGGAUGAAGCCACUUCAGCACUUGACUAUCAUUCGGAAAAAUAUGUACAAGAAACAUUGGAUCGGGCGAGCAAAGGUCGAACUACAAUCGUCAUCUCACAUCGAAUGUCUGCUGUUAGAAAUGCUGAUCGCAUCGUCUUUAUUGACAAUGGGCAAGUGAUUGAAGAUGGAGCGCACAGCGAAUUGAUCGCGUUGAAAGGACGCUACUACGAAAUGGUAAAAUCCACACACCACGAGCUAGAAAAAUUUGAUGAAUCUCAAAACGAAGAGAAACAAACACAACAUAGUCAAACUAGACGUCACAGUGAAAUUAAAUGUCAUGAAUUUACAUUGGACGGAGUCGAAGAGGAACAACGCCAAGAGAGAGAUUCAGUACAGUAUUGGAAGAGCUUCAAACGUAUUUUGCGACUUCUGAAACCAGACUGGUUCAUCAUAACGAUAGCAAUCAUUUCGUCUGUUGUGUUGGGCUUUUCAAUGCCACUCUUUGCUAUCAUUUUCUCAGAAGUGUUUGCCACAUUUGCAAUCCUUGAUCGAGACGAAGCAUCUAACGCCGUUCUGGAAUUAUGUUUGAUAUUCCUUGGUAUUGGUGUUCUCAUGUUUAUCAUGGCAAUCACACAAACAUUUUUGUUAGCCAAGGCUGGGGCAAGACUGACCCAACGAGUUCGAUUGAUGACGUUUGCAGCAAUGCUUCGCCAAGAAUGUGCGUGGUUUGAUGAAGAAGAGCAUUCCGUAGGGAUUUUAUCCUCGUAUUUGAGCGCAGAUGCAGCAAAUGUACAAACUGCUAUUGGCCUUCCAUUGAGUGUGAUCCUUCAGUCGGUUUCGACAGUUGUUUUUGGAAUGAUCAUCUCACUAUCCGUAUCAACUAAAUUGACGGCUGUUUGUUUAACCUCCUUAAUUUUUCUGAUACCAAUUGUACUUCUAGAAGCAAGGAGUACGUCAAACGCGGAAUUAGUAGAGAAAGAUGCAACCGCAGUGGGGAUGAAAGUAGCAGCAGAAGCGAUUGCAAAUAUCAGAACAGUUGCAAGCUUGAGGCAAGAAAAGUCGACAAUUUCACGAUUCACCAGCGAAAUGGAAAAUGUUCAAAAGAUCGCUCGAGAGAAAGUUUUUUGGCGUGGAUUGUUAAAUUCAACUACUUUGACCAUUCCGAUUGUUGCGUAUGGAUAUUCUUUUUGUUACGGUAGCUAUAUGGUAGCAAACGGGGAAAUAAGUUACAAACAUGCCAUAAGAGUUUGUGAGGCGUUGCUUUAUGGUGUUUUCAUUAUGAGUCAAACGUUAGUUUUGGCUCCUGCAAUUACCACAGCGUUUACAGGGGCUCAUCGUCUAUUCAAAAUUAUUGAUCGCUCCCCAUUGAUUGAAUCACCACAUAUCGCAAAUAAAAAUAGGAAAGCAGAUAAACGGAAUAACAUCAAAUUCGAGCAUAUCGAUUUCCGGUAUCCAACCAGGCCAGAUGUUCAAAUUUUAAAUGGGUUUAAUUUGAAUAUUCCAGAAGGAAAAACAGUAGCAUUGGUUGGACCAUCAGGCUGUGGUAAAUCGACAUGCAUUCAACUGUUACAACGACUAUACGAUCCAGAACACGGUCGGAUAUACAUUGGUCUCGACGAAAUAUCCAAUGAUAUCACAUUGAAGGAUCUACGAUCAAAGAUCAGUAUUGUGUCACAGGAGCCAACCCUAUUCGAUAGAACCAUAGCUGAGAAUAUCGCGUACGGUGACUGUAGUCGAAAAGUGACAAUGGACGAAAUAAUCGAUGCUGCCAAAAUUGCAAACGCACACAAUUUCAUCGCACAGCUACCUCAGGGCUACGAUACAAAUGUCGGCAGCAGAGCAACUCAAAUAUCUGGAGGACAAAAGCAAAGAAUUGCUAUCGCUCGAGCUCUUAUCCGAAAUCCAAAAAUUUUGCUCCUUGAUGAGGCGACCUCGGCUCUUGAUUUGCACAGUGAAAAGACUGUUCAAAUAGCAUUGGACUCGGCUCGAUCAGGUAGAACUGUUAUUACCAUAGCACACCGUCUAAGCACAAUACAGAAUGCUGACAUUAUUUGUGUUGUUCAAAAUGGAAGAAUCGUCGAAUCGGGUUCUCAUACCGAAUUACUUGCACAGAAUGGAGUUUACACAAGACUAUACAAUGCUCAAAAAUAAAAAAAAAUUGCAACAAAUUGUACAUUUAAAUUCGAAAAUUAAAAAUUUUAUCAACUUGGUUUUUCUGCAGUUCACCAUUUAGAAUGCAUCAGCAAUGUAUUCUUUAUAAAGAA